AUGUGUCUCUUCCUUUCAGAAUGCACUUCUUACAAAAUCAUAGACGACCAAACCCGGUCUGUGUCCAAUAAAAUAGAGAGCGCAAAUGCACUCUGUGACCGACGAAUUCUUACUUCGGAAAUCUGGGUUCGCUUUACCGGCAGCGGAGGAACAGCCAUUCCUAACAACCCGCCACUGGCCUUCCACUGUGGAACAAAUUCUCCAGGUUGGAUCCGUGGUGCCCAUCCUGCUGUUGCUGAAGGGGUUGUGAAACGACAACUUUGCUAUCGUCAUAACGACAAUGAAUGUCAUUUUGGCUCUUAUAAAAUUUCAAUUCGAAACUGUGGCUCGUUUUUUGUUUACAAACCACCAGAUUUGACACAGUGUUUUCUACGACUUUGCACAGGUGUGUAUGUAUUGGAUCAAAGUAGGCAUUGUUUCUUUUAGGCUUCAUAAUAACAUUGUUAUAUCAGCUAAUAUGGUUUUUAAGCUUGCCUACGUUCCCGAGAAUCACAUAACGAAAAGUAAAGGAAAAGAGAAUUGAAGGAGUAGCAAAUAUACAUUUUUUCAUCUAUCAAAACGUAGUACGGACGAAAGAAAAAGCAGAGAAAGGUCAAAGAACGAGAAUAAACGAUUGAAAUAAACUAAUUUAAACUGGUAAGGUAAGGAAAUAGAUGAAGCUAAACGAGAGAAAGAAAACCUAAAAGAGUUACAUGUUUACUGAUAUGAACGAGAGGAAAAACUAAAUACCACUAAAGGGUUCACUUCUAAACUGCGAUUGUUUGUGAUCACAAUUUCUUAAAUUUUUGGCAACUUCGUUUUGUAUUUUCAGUUACUAGAUAAUAAGUUUUAAUUAAAAAUCACGGAAAUGCUUAAGGCUCUUAAAGAUUCGGGAAUCAAACAGUGAACCAAAUUUUUAGUAUUGAUGCUCACUUUAACGAAUCCUAUUUUCCAAUGAUUAAAUAAAUUACCAAAAACUUAACCUUAUGAAAUAUGAAAUAAUAGGUUCUAUUUAUUGAUAACCUGAUAACAACAAUUUGGUACAGAAAUCCUCGACGAAUGCUUUUAUUGCUCAGUUGGUGUUUCCAGUCCCUUCGUCAUCCCUGACAAUCAGAUGACAGCUUCAUCCCGUUAUAAAACAGAAAAGCACUCUGCGAAGUAUGGACGACUUUUUAACGAGUCAGGUUACGGUUGGUUUCCAAACAAAAAUGAAAAAACAGACUGGCUUCAGGUUGAUCUUGGUAAAGACUUUCAAGUGUGUGCUGUUGCUACCCAGGGAGGCGAUUACGAUAAAAAACAUAAAGAAUGGACGACAGCUUUCAAGCUUCUUUACUCUUCCGAUGAUAAGAAUCAGAAAACGUACAAAGAUGGAAAUUGCGUGGAUGUUGUAAGUUGAAUUAUUACCUAAUCAGUUUAAGUGUCAAAAGUAAUUCGGCUUCCCCUCCCACUAUGACUGCAAUAGAAAAUUCGUUCCACCGCCACAUCCAUUAAGAUGCAAAACUGUGACCAAUCCGGAGUUGACCGGACACAUUUUUUUCUCGAUUAAGGCGGACUCCCUUCUUUACUUUGAACUCCCAUUGACAAGGUAAGUGAUGAUAUUUUCCUUUGCUGUGUGGUUUUGUUGACAUAACUUUGGUUACCCUAGUACUUUUCAAUCAAAAUAAGCUCAACCUCUUUAGAAUAGCCAAUAUGAGAAGACGAAACUGAUUCUGAAAGAAAUUCGGGGUUCAAAAUUAGUAACAUAUUAGGAAAUUGCAUCAGAAAAUUAUCCAAAUUAUCUUCGAAAAAAGACAUUAAAAAAUAUAUGACUGGGCAAUUGUAAUACCUCAAAUUGUUCUCAAUAUGUACAAGAUUGCUUAUUUCGAAAAAAGAUAUGUUCUGUCUUUCAUUAUUUUCCUUAGGAAUUUCAGAGAGUUGGUAAAAAUCACGGUGUGGACCGGCAUCUGCUGUCAACACCAGUGGUUGCAAGAUACAUUCGCUUCCAUCCAACAGCGAAUGAUGGGUGGGACAGUCUGAGAGUGGAGGUGUACGGCGCCAAACAAGGCAAGUUAAUAACCCAGUGUUAG